AUGCUGUUCUCCUGGAGAGGAGGCCCAGGAGCCCAGAGUCUGCUGCUGUCGCUUCUGCUUCUCGCAGCCUGGAAAGCAGGGAGUGGCCAGGUUCACUACUCAGUCCUGGAGGAGGCCAAACACGGCACCUUUGUGGGCCGCAUCGCCCAGGAUUUGGGGCUGGAGCUGGCGGAGCUGGUACCGCGCCUGUUCCGGGUGGCGUCCAAAGGCCACGGGGACCUUCUGGAGGUAAAUCUGCAGAAUGGCAUUUUGUUUGUGAAUUCUCGGAUCGACCGGGAAGAGCUGUGCGGGCGGAGCGCGGAGUGCAGCAUCCACCUGGAGGUGAUCGUGGACAGGCCGCUGCAGGUUUUCCACGUGGAGGUGGAGGUGAAGGACAUUAACGACAACCCGCCUGUGUUCCCUGAGCGUAAGAAAAAAAUAAUCAUUGCAGAAUCUAGACCCCCAGAAACUCGGUUUCCACUAGAUGGCGCAUCCGAUGCAGAUAUCGGAGUAAACUCGGCCUUGAUCUACCGAAUUGAUCCCAACGAGUAUUUCGCUUUGGACACACAAAACAAUCGUGAACAAAUGUCUUCGUUGUCACUUGUAUUGAGGAAAUCACUGGACAGAGAGCAAAUUCAGGAGCAUAGCUUAUUAUUGACAGCCAAUGAUGGGGGUAAACCGGAGCUGACCGGCACAGUUCAGUUGUUGAUUACAGUUUUGGAUGUGAAUGACAAUGCCCCAGAAUUUGACCAGUAUAUUUAUAAAGUGACAGUGUUAGAGAACGCAUUUAACGGAACAUUAGUGAUUAAGCUAAAUGCCACAGAUCUUGAUGAUGGUACGAACGGAGACAUAAUCUACUCAUUUAGAAAGCCUGUAUCGCCUGCGGUGUUGCAUGCAUUUAUCAUAAAUCCCAACAGUGGGGAAAUUAGAACAAGAGGUAAACUAGAUUUCGAAGAAAAGAAUUUGUAUGAAAUAUCGGUGGAGGCAAUAGACAAGGGGAAUAUUCCAAUGGCAGGUCAUUGUACCGUUUUGGUAGAAAUACUAGAUAUAAAUGAUAACAUCCCAGAAAUUACCAUCACUUCUCUGUCGCUCCCUGUGAGAGAGGAUGCUCAGGUGGGCACUGUCAUAGCCCUGAUCAGCGUGUCCGACCGUGACUCUGGCGCCAACGGGCAGGUGACCUGCUCACUAACACCUCAUGUCCCCUUCAAGCUGGUAUCGCGUACACUUAACAACUACUACAAGAUGGUGCUGCAGAGUCCCCUGGAUAGGGAAGAAGAAGUUGUGCACCACCUCCUCCUCACAGCCUCUGAUGGGGGCAACCCAGUCCAUUCAGGAACCCUCCGCAUUCAUGUUCAGGUGGUAGAUGCAAAUGACAACCCUCCAGCAUUUACUCAAGCACAGUACCACAUGAGUGUCCCAGAGAAUGUGCCGCUGGGCACUCAGCUGCUUAUGGUCAAAGCUACUGACCCAGAUGAAGGAGCCAAUGGGGAAGUAACAUACUCAUUUCACAAUAUAGACCACAAAAUAGCCCAGAUAUUUCAGUUGAAUUCUUACACGGGAGAAAUAUCAAAUAAAGAAGCCCUGGAUUUUGAAGAAUACAAAAUUUAUUCAAUGGAAAUUCAGGCUCAGGAUGGUGCAGGCCUCAUGGCCAGAGCUAAGGUGCUGGUCAAAGUUCUGGACAUAAAUGAUAAUGCCCCAGAGGUGACCAUGACCUCUGUCACCACUUCAGUCCCAGAAGACUUUCCUCCUGGAGCUAUAAUUGCUCUUAUCAGUGUGCAUGACCAGGACUCUGGAGACAAUGAAGAUUUCCUAAUGUUCAUCUUCAUGGCAAUCAUCCCUUUUUUGUGGGUAGAAAAUGGCGACUAA